GUUAAGCGUAGGCGCCGAUGAGUUCAGACGUCAUUCUUUUGUUUUUUCGCUUGCUCUGCGCGUUUAUAAAAUGGAUAAAUUUCUCAAAAGAUCACAGCCUUCAACAUCUAGUACGAGUAUCAAUAGCGGUGGUGGUGAAUCGAAUCCGAAAAAAAGACAUUACGAUGAUAGUUAUUUGAAAUACGGGUUCAUAGUCAUAAAUAAUAAACCUCAAUGUGUAAUUUGCGGCGAUGUUUUAUCACGUGAGAGUAUGAAACCGUCAAAGCUUAUGCGGCAUCUCACAACCAAGCAUCAAAAAGAAGCUGAUAAGCCGUUGGAUUUCUUUGAACGAAAGUUGAAAGCUCUUAGUCAGCAGCAAAAUACUAUAAUUCAGGCAUCCAGUGUCAACGAGUCAACAUUAUUAGCUAGCUCAAAGUCGCAUAUCGAGUUGCUAAAGCAGGGAAACCACAUACAAUUGCCGAAAAUCUUAUUUUGCCAGCGGCACUCGAUAUGGUUGAAAUUAUGGGCA